AUUUCUGCAGCGAGUGAAGGCAGUGAGAUGGCCGAGCCCGGGGAGGGCAUGUUAGUUCCAAGGGCUGGGCACCGAGCCGUGGGCGCGUGGGGCCGCCGUUUGCCGCUAGACCCCAGUGUCGGCCACCAGCAGGCGGGGCUCCGAGAUGGCUUCCCAGACACCGCGCUCCCCCAGCUCCCCAAAAGCCCAGGACAAGAACAGGAAGACAGCGCUCCAGGAAUCCACCAUGCAGCCGCCCGUGGUCCCAGCGGCCGAGGGCGCACAGGAGUCCCACAAGGUGCCCUGGGCUACCUUGGUCAAGGCCUACACCCAAAUACAGCUGUCGAUCUUGGAGGCGCAGCGGGGCCGGCUUCUGGCUUCCCUCAACCCUCUGGACUUAAACCAGGACUUGCCACCACCCAUGCCUCCGAUGCCUGAAAAGAAGUCUUGGGGCGACCAGGAGCCCCUCUCCAAGGUCCCAUUUCAAAUUCUGACAGGACACCAGCACAUUGUGAGUUCUUGUCACUUCUGUGUGGAUGACACAAAGCUCCUCAGUGGCUCCUAUGACUGCACCGUGAAGCUAUGGGAUGCUGUGGAUGGAUCUCUUAUUCGGAAUUUUGAGAACGGGCCCAAAGCUCCUGUUUUAGAGUGCAGUGUCCCUGCUGACAACAGAAGAAUUACUGCAGCAGCCUAUGACAAAACACUGAGGACUUGGGACCUUGAAACAGGCAAGCUACUGUGGAAGAUCAGCCAUGAAAGCUUCAUAUCCUCCUGUAAGUUUUCUCCUGAUGGUAAAUAUGUGGUCUCUGGCUUGGAUGUGGAUUGCGGAAUCUGUUUGAUAGAUGCAGAAAAUGCCAAGACUGUGUCAUACGUCAGAGAUCAUCACAAAAGGUCGGUCACAGCCUGCUGCUUUGACCCGGACAGCCAGAAGGUGGCUUCCGUCUCGCUGGACAGGAGCAUCAAGAUCUGGGAUGUUACAUCCCAGGCCACACUGCUCACCAUCGCCAAUGCCCAUACCAAUGCAAUCUCAAACUGCUGUUUUACCUUCAGUGGCCAUUUCCUAUGUACAAGCUCUUGGGAUAAAACCUUAAAAAUAUGGAACGUUCAUACAGGGGAGUUUCGAAACCGUGGAGCCUGUGUGACUCUGAUGCAGGGCCAUGACGGUUCUGUAAGCUCCUGCCACUUUGCCAGAGACACCUCUUUUCUUGUGUCUGGAGGGUAUGACAAGACUGUGGCUAUUUGGGAUGUAGCCGAAGGCUACCGGAAGCUCUCCUUGAAGGGCCAUAAUGACUGGGUGAUGGAUGUGGACAUUAGCAGCGACAAGAAAUGGAUCCUGUCUGCUUCAAAGGAUAUGACCAUGAGACUAUGGAAUAUUGAAGAAAUUGACCAAAUUCCUUUGGUAAUCGAGUGCAAAAAGGCCCUGGGCUUAAAGUUGGAACAGUGCAAAGAAUGUGACAGGCCUUUCUCCAUCUAUGAAAGUGACAUCCUUUCUGAAGCAGUAACCAAAUGUGUGUUCUGCCGGAUAGAUGCAAAAAACCUGUCAGCAAAGUCAUCAUCAACAGAAGAGAAGGACUUACCAGCAAGAGAGUGCAGCCUGAUGCCCACUGGGCCCUUUGAGUGA